UCCAGAUCCUGGGCCUGAGUUGCCAUUGCCAUGAUCGAAGUGGUGGCAGAGCUAAGCCGUGGGCCUGUGUUUUUGGCCGGGGAGGCGCUGGAGUGUGUGGUGACCGUCACUAAUCCCCUGGCCCCCACGGCUACUUCUGCAUCCAGUGAGGCUCUGGCCUGGGCCAGUGCACAGAUCCAUUGCCAGUUCCAUGCCAGUGAGAGCCGUGUGGCACUGCCGCCCCCUGACUCCAAUCAGCCUGAGGUGCAGCCUGAAAGCCAGACGGUCUUUCUGCCACAUCGAGGUGAAAGGGGUCAGUGUAUUCUCUCCACCCCACCAAAGAUCCUCUUCUGUGACUUGCGGCUGGAACCUGGAGAGUCCAGAUCAUACUCCUACAGUGAGGUGCUGCCCCUUGAGGGGCCCCCAUCCUUCCGGGGCCAGUCCGUCAAGUACGUCUAUAAGCUGACCAUUGGCUGCCAGCGCGUCAACUCCCCUAUCACCUUACUCAGGGUCCCUCUGCGAGUCCUUGUGCUCACAGGCUUUCAAGAUGUCCGGUUUCCCCAGGAUGAGGCUGUGGCCCCAUCCAGUCCAUUCUUAGAGGAGGAUGAAAGUGGCAAGAAGGACUCUUGGCUUGCGGAACUGGCCGGAGAGCGCCUCAUGGCCGCCACAUCUUGCCGCAGCCUCCAUCUCUACAAUAUCAGUGAUGGCCGAGGGAAAGUUGGGACAUUUGGCAUCUUCAAAUCUGUAUACAGACUUGGCGAGGAUGUGGUGGGGACCUUAAACCUGGGGGAAGGAGCUGUAGCUUGUUUGCAGUUCUCAGUCAGCUUGCAGACUGAAGAGCGAGUGCAGCCUGAGUACCAGCGGCGCCGAGGAGCAGGCGGUGCCCCCUCUGUGUCCCAUGUGACUCAUGCCCGGCACCAGGAGUCCUGUCUGCACACCACCAGGACCAGCUUCUCCCUCCCGAUUCCUCUUAGCUCCACCCCUGGCUUCUGCACAGCCAUUGUUUCCCUGAAGUGGCGGCUACACUUUGAGUUUGUAACAUCCCGAGAACCUGGCCUGGUGCUUCUGCCUCCCAUGGAGCAGCCCGAGCCCGUGACCUGGACGGGGCCGGAACAAGUGCCCGUUGACACAUUCAGCUGGGACCUGCCCAUCAAGGGCAGCUGAGGAUUCGCUUUUUGCACCAGGGAGAACUGGCAGGUGUCUGCCUCCCGACGGAGCUCACACCCGGCUGGGAAGUCGAUGGGGGGCUGGGACCUGGAAACCAAAGAAGGGAGGAGUGAGCACGGCCUGGGCUACCUUCAACCUGCAUUCCCACCAUUCCUCCCACUUCCUCUCCUCAUGCCCUGCAACCAAGUGCUUGUUUUUCCUCUCAGGCUGCAUCUCCCCUGCCUACCCCACUUCUUGCCAGGAUGUUCCUCCAGACCCACUGUUCCCUCCCUUCCUUCCUCCUAUACUUUCUCCUUGGAAUCUUCUGUUUCCAGCAGCCUCAUGCUCUCUUGCUCCCAGCUGUCUAGUCCCUCCUAUUCAUCUUUCAAUCACACUUGUCAGCACCCUUCUCAGGGUGCAAGGUCAGGUCACUCACGUGUCACAGCAGCCCACCCCAACAGGAUGCAGGCAGGUGCAGUGGAAACAGUCCGUUCGGAGCCAGGACUCACCCAGGCUGUAAUACUUCCCUUCAUAGUGGCAGGGGGCUAGAGAAGAAAGGAAGUGUUAGCUCCUUAAAGCCUGGAA